CGCAGACCUGAUCUGUGUGCUCAAGCAUAGUAAUAUAAAUGGCAAUGCCGCGGCAGAUGAGAGAAUGGUGUUGUGGUGUGUUUUUGUGCAUCACAUUUGGUUUGCUUGUGUGUUGCAGCCAGAGCCAGGCUAGAUAUCAUCAUCACUACCACCACCACGGCCACGGGAAUUAUAAACACAAGCAGCAGCAUUCUCAUCACCCAAUUUCCCAAAUUUCGUACCCUCCUUCACCUUCUCCUUCGCCCUCGCCUUCUGAUGAUAAUGAUGGUAUAUUUGAUGUGAGAGCAUUUGGUGCAGUAGGGGAUGGGAUGACAGAUGACACCCAGGCGUUUAAGGAGGCCUGGGACGCUGCCUGCCAGGUUGAGUCCGCCACCCUCCUUGUUCCCUCCGCCUAUUCCUUCCUCAUCCACUCCACCAUUUUCACUGGUCCUUGUCAAACUGGAUUCGUCUUUCAGCUGGAUGGGACUGUAAUGCCACCUGAGGGACCAGAGUCGUGGGCAAAGAAUCUGAGCCGGCGGCAAUGGCUGGUUUUCUACAGGGUUAAUGAGUUGUCAGUGCAAGGGGGAGGAACAAUUGACGGAAGAGGUGAAGGGUGGUGGAAUCUACCUUGCAAACCUCACAAGGGAGUUAAUGGCACUACGCUGCCCGGACCAUGCGACAGUCCAAUUGCUGUGAGGUUCUUCAUGAGCUCCAACAUAGGCGUGGCAGGAAUUAGAAUAAAGAACAGUCCCCAAUUCAACUUCAGAUUUGACAAUUGCGAAAGCGUGCACAUUCAAUCCAUCCACAUCACGGCUCCACCCUUGAGCCCCAACACCGAUGGCAUUCACGUUGAGAACACCAACAACGUUAAAAUUUAUGAUUCUCUCAUCUCCAACGGUGAUGACUGUGUAUCAAUAGGAUCUGGGUGUUACAAUGUAGAUAUCAGGAAUCUCACAUGUGGGCCUGGCGGCCAUGGAAUCAGCAUAGGGAGUUUAGGGAACCACAAGUCGCGAGCUUGCGUAUCCAAUAUUACAGUGCGGGACUCGGUGAUAAGGCAGUCGGACAACGGAGUUAGAAUCAAGACGUGGCAAGGCGGUUGGGGAGCAGUAUUAGGAGUGACAUUCGACAACAUCCACAUGGACAACGUGAGGAACCCCAUAAUAAUCGACCAGUUCUACUGUCUCUCCUCCACCUGCGAAAACACAACCUCGGCGGUCUCCAUAUCGGGCGUACAGUACAGCGGCAUCAAGGGGACCUACGACAUUCGAAGCCCUCCCAUGCAUUUCGCGUGCAGCGACUCCGUGCCCUGCACAAAUAUAACGUUGUCCGACAUAGAGCUUCUUCCGGCGCGUGGAGAUUUGGUGUUGGAUCCUUUCUGCUGGAACGCUUAUGGAGGGAUCUAUACUCUCACUAUCCCCCCGGUCUUCUGCUUGUUGGAGGGAUUCCCUCGCUCUGUCUCCGAAAACCACCUUUCCACUUGUUAGUUAAUCACUAAUUAAUAUACAUAAUC